UAAAGAACGACCAACGGCGGUGUUGUUUGGUUCUGGGAAGAUACAGCAUCUGUGUUUUUGUGAACCAUCAUCAGCAUCACCAUCCAUCACAUCACCAGCAUCGAGAGUCACGACGUCGCUUCUCUCGUUCUCGGUGUGAUGCCUUGAUUGUACUCCAGCCACGGAAUUAGGCGCGCGCGUGUGUGUUCGAAAAUUGGUAGGAUUUAUUUGAUACCAACAUAGUGUACUCGUACUGUAGAAUAUAAAAUAAGAAGUGAUCGUCUGAUACCAGUGACCAGUGAGUGAGUUUCAUCAUCGAAUGAAAAUAAUACUCAAUCAAGAAGUCGAUUAAAUGAGCCAAGCAAUAAAAAAGUGAAGACCCAACGAUGCUCAGCCUACCGAAGAACAUCGAAAACAUCUGCCGCCUGUGUCUGACGGAGUCGGUGGAUGGAAGUGACAUGUUGCCAUUAUUUCCGGUGCGCGGAGGAAACCCCUACGGACCCAAUACGGUCGUCUCCAAGAUCUUGCAGUGCACCACGGUGAAGAUCGAACACUUCCAAGGCGCUCCGACGACAAUCUGCGAAUUAUGCAGUGCCCGACUUGAGGACUGGCAAACCUUCCGGGAGCAAUGCGUCGGCACAGACGAAUACUUGAAGGCCUCCUAUCGGCACAUCUUCAGUCCAGAAGAAGCCAUGGCAGAAGCCUUCCUAAAGCAACAGCAGCUACAAAACGAACGUCAACAACAACUGCAGCAACAGCAACAGCAACAGCAACAACAACAGCAGCAAAAGCAAAAGAUUCAACAACAGCGACAGCAGGAAUUCUUCGAAGAGAUGACCGAGCUCCCUCCGGCGGAGGAUGAAAACGGAAGCUACCUGAUCGGGGAGGAAAUCUCCCCGGAAGACAUGAUGGAACAACAGGACGAUCAAUUCUAUGACCCCUACGAUGACGAAGACGAACAGGACGACCAGCAGGACCAGGAAACGUUGGUCCAGCAGAUGAACCGCCGGAACGGCAUCCGAGUUCCGAAAUGGUCCAAGGAAUUCGGUGCCAAGCUCAACUCCCUGCUGCAUGUGGUGGGCGGUGAACGUCCCCAUCAGUGCAAGGUUUGUCGGAAACGAUUCCUCCGGCGACCGCACUGCCGACGGCACGUGGCCCAAGCCCACGCCGUCGUAAUCGACAGUGUAAAGCUGCCCAAAAAUUGGGAAAUGAAUGCCCGGCGGAGAUUUAUCUUUUCCAAAGCACCCGUUCAGCGCGUUAUGGAACCGGUUCCUCCGCCACCGGCUCCACGAGAGGACCACUACGACCCCACCGCGGAGCGACCGCAUCAGUGUGAAGUUUGCAAAAAAUGCUUCAAGCGGAGCCAGCACCUGCGGCGACACAGAACGUCCCACCUGCAGAUCGAAAUCGACCGUUCGGAAAUAAUGCGAGGAAUCCACGAACAACAGAGAGCCCAACAGCAGCUGGAAACACUGAUAAGCCAUCCGGACGGAAGCGUUAGCAAAGAUUCAGAAGACCAAGACGACGAUGUGAUUGCCCUGUCCGACGACGACGAAGACAUGGGCGAGGAAAUUUCGCCGGAAGAAUUCAUCGGUCAGUACGACGGUUCCAAUGACGACAUUUCGAACGGAACGGAAUCGGAACCGAAACAACCACGCCUUUCGGAUAUCCCGCACAUUUUCUACGGCAGUGAGGAUGAGUACGACGACGAUGAUGCUUCGCAGUAUAUGACGAAGAACGGCACAAUCCGGAAGCGAGCGCCACCGCUGGCCAAGAUUCCCGGCGAACGACCCUACCAGUGCCGCCAGUGUAAGAAGACUUUCAAACGGUCGGAUCAUUUGAAGUCACAUCUCAAGACGCACAGUGCCGAGACGGAUUACCGCUGCGAUUGGUGCCAGAAGGGAUUCCGGUACCGGCAGAAUUAUUUGAUCCACAUGAAAAACAAGACGUGCUUCGGCGAGAGGGGAUCCCUUCGGGGUCAUCCGAUGCCAAAGUUGAUGCCAAAGCCGGGGAUGAAGGCCACGACCAGCGAUGACGAGGAGGUACUGGGCGAUUAGGAGGAAGACGGUGUGCCAUUGAAUGCUUGUACAGAAUGUUAGGAUUAGGACUGCGGUCAAUUUAGACAAGAUACGUAAUAUUAGAUUUUAUAAGCACUAAAGAACAUUUUACUAUUGGAUGCAAACAACUCGAAUAUUACAUAGUUGAUAGAUGCGACAUUUUAUCAGUAUGAC